UAUUGCGGCGGAAUGAUCUUCAUUCAAAAUAAAACAGUUUAUUCCCAGGCUGCGUAUGCUAAAAAAUUAAAAUCUUAUCUUUGACUAAUAAACAUGUCCGAAAACUCUCUGUUCGAAACCAAGAACGCAAAGGGGGAUCUAGUUUACAAGGUGUUUGCUAGUUCGAUAUUUGCAGGAAUCCUUCUGAUAUGGAUUUACCGAGCAACUCACGUGAUCGAAAAUGGGAGGAUUGUUUGGAUGGGAAUGGUUGGAGCAGAGAUAUGGUUCGGAUUCUACUGGAUCCUGACUCAGUCCCAUCGAUGGAAUCGCGUUUAUCGCCGCACCUUCAAGGACAGCCUCUCCAAGAGGUACGAGGAUGAUUUGGGUGGUGUGGACAUAUUCGUAUGCACGGCUGAUCCAGAAAUAGAGCCGCCGAUGCUGGUGAUCAACACUGUUUUAUCAGUGAUGGCUUAUGAUUAUCCGGCGGAGAAACUGGCGGUGUAUCUCUCCGACGAUGCUGCUUCCGACCUCACCUUUUAUGCUCUUUUGGAAGCAUCCGCCUUCGCUAGGCAUUGGCUGCCGUAUUGUAAGAAUUUCAGAGUCGAACCGCGCUCGCCACAAGCCUAUUUUACAACACAAUCUGCCCACUUGGAACCGCAGCAACCACAUUGUUUCAAUUCGAUCAAGAAAUUGUAUGAAGACAUGGAGAACAGGAUCGAGCUAGCAAAGAAACUUGGGACUGUCUCCAAAUCUACACUAAUAGAGCACAAAGGAUUUUCUAGCUGGGAUUCUUACACGUCGAAAACGGAUCAUGAUGCUAUUCUACAUAUACUAAUCGACAGGGAUGGAGAAGCAGCGGACGUUGAAGGCUGCAGACUUCCAACUUUGGUGUAUUUGGCUCGGGAGAAGCGCCCCCACCAUUUUCACAAUUUCAAAGCCGGAGCUAUGAAUGCUUUGAUAAGAGUAUCAUCAGAGAUCAGCAAUGGACCUAUAAUUCUAAAUGUUGACUGUGACAUGUACUCUAAUGAUUCACAAUCCAUUCGAGAUGCACUCUGCUUCUUCUUGGACGAAGACAAGGGCCACGAGGUUGCUUAUGUUCAAUAUCCCCAGAAAUUCCACAACCUUACUAGGAAUGAACUCUAUGGUGGCUCAUUGAGAGUUCUCUCUGAGUUCGAGUUUCCAGGUUUAGAUGCUUGUGGUGGACCUCUGUAUGUUGGAACCGGCUGCUUCCACAGACGUGACACUCUCUGUGGAAGAAAAUUCGGUGAAGCUUCAGUGUUCGAAUGGAAGGGAAGGGCGGUUUCAAGAAGUGGAGAGAGUAUUGCUGAACUGGAAGAAAGAGUCAAGGCAUUAGCAAGCUGCACAUUUGAGCUAAAUACUCAAUGGGGCCACGAGAUGGGCUUGAAGUAUGGCUGCCCGGUUGAGGAUGUGAUCACCGGGCUUUCAGUCCAAUGUCGAGGGUGGAAAUCCAUUUUCUUCAACCCUGAAAGAGCCGCUUUCUUGGGUCUAGCAGCAACGACCCUCGAUCAAAAUCUUGUACAGCACAAAAGAUGGUCAGAAGGAGACCUGCAGAUUCUCUUGUCGAAAUACAGCCCCAUAUGGUAUGGACUUGGAAGGAUAAACGUCGGCCUAAUAAUGGGAUAUUGCACCUAUUGCUUCUGGUCAGUUAACUGCUUUGCAACGCUAUUCUACUCCGUUAUACCAUCUCUCUAUCUAUUCAAGGGAGUCCCCUUGUUUCCACAGGUGUCAAGCAUGUGGUUUCUUCCAUUCGCCUACGUGGUGACUGCUGAGCUCGUGUACAGCUUUCUCGAGUAUCUCUGGUCUGGAGGGACGGCCCUAGGGUGGUGGAACGAGCAGAGGAUGUGGCUGUACAAGAGAACAAGCUCGUAUCUGUUUGCAGUGACGGACACCUUGUUGAAGGUGGUGGGAUAUUCUGAUUCAGGAUUUGUGAUAUCAGCCAAAGUGUCUGAUGCGGACCUGUUGGAGAGAUACAAACAAGAGAAGAUGGAGUUCGGAGCCACUACUCCAGCGUUCACCAUAUUGGCAACUCUAGCAAUGCUGAAUGUUUUUUGCUUGGUUGGCAUAGUGAUGAGAGUGAUUUGGGCAGGCGAAGUCGAGGCUUUCCAUCGGAGCUUGGGUUUGCAGGGUAUUUUGUGUGGAGUUCUGGUUUUGAUGAAUUUGCCCCUUUACAAUGCUGCUUUUGUUCGAUCUGAUAAGGGGAGCUUGCCUAGUGUUGUCACAUUUAAAAGUACGUUGAUGGCUGUGUCUUUGUGUAGCUUGUCUUCUUUGCUGUAGAAAACGUUUCAUUUGUAAUGAGUUACAUAUUGUUAGGUCUACAUGCCGAUUUAAUUCAUUCAACUGCAAAAGGGCUGGUUUGAUCACUACUUUGGAGUAUCAUGAAACUCUUCAAUAAAUAUAUUUCUUGACUA